AGUAGUAGUAGUAGUAGUAGUAGUGGUAAUAGUAGUAAUAGGAGUAGUAGUGGUGGUGGUAAUAGUAGUAAUAGGAGUAGUAGUGGUGGUAAUAGUAGUAGUAGUAGUAGUAGUAGUAGUAGUAGUAGUAGUCGCAGUGGUGGUAAUAGUAGUGGUGGUAAUAGUAGUAGUAGUAGUAGUAGUAGUAGUAGUAGUAGUAGUAGUAGUAGUAGUAGUGGUGGUAAUAGUAGUAGUAGUAGUAAUAGUAGUAGUGGUGGUAAUAGUAGUAGUAGUAGUAGUAAUAGUAGUAGUAGUAGUAGUGGUGGUAAUAGUAGUAGUAGUCGUAGUGGUGGUAAUAGUUGCAGUAGUAGUGGUGGUAAUAGUAGUAGUAGUAGUGGUGGUAAUAGUAGUAGUAGUAAUGAUAGUAGUAGUAGUAAUGGUAGGAGUAGUAGUAGUAGUGGUAAUAGUAGUAAUAGUAGUAGUAGUGGUGGUAAUAGUAGUAGUAGUAGUAGUAAUAGUAGUAGUAGUAGUAGUGGUGGUAAUAGUAGUAGUAGUCGUAGUGGUGGUAAUAGUUGCAGUAGUAGUGGUGGUAAUAGUAGUAGUAGUAGUGGUGGUUAUAGUAGUAGUAGUAAUGAUAGUAGUAGUAGUAAUGGUAGGAGUAGUAGUAGUAGUGGUAAUAGU